UUGAAAAAACCAACAGCUAUCGUAACCUUUCUUAAACUCUCUACGCCUGCUUAAACCUUCUUUUUAUAAAUUGUUAAAUCUCUCUCCUCGUCCUGUCGAAGCCAAAUUUAGUUCACAUUUUCCAAGAAAAUUAAAAUUGUGUCAACAAUAUAUGCGACAGUACUUCCUCCGGCUAUCGUUGCCGGCGGCAAUGUGGAAUCUCCGGUCUCUCUCAUGCUUAUUGUUGCUCUGCUUUUCGGUCACGACAGUUGCUGCUCAAAGAACUAACAGUGAAACUACUAAAUGGCUAACAUUAAACGGAGAUGCACCAUUAGUUAUAGCCCUUGGUGGAUUUUCUGGAUUAUUUCCUGAUUCAAGCUAUGAUGCCUAUAUGGUGGCAAUGGAAACUAGCUUGGCCAAUGUGAUUGCUUGGUGUGAUGUCCAACUAACCAAAGAUGGGGUCGGCAUCUGCUUACCUGAUCUCAAGCUUGACAAUGCUUCUGACAUUGAUGUGUACUUCAAAAACAAGGAGACUAAAUACUCAGUGAAUGGAGUUCCAAUGCAAGGAUGGUUUUCUAUAGAUUUCAACUUCAAGGAUUUGGCGCCUGUCACCUUGAGACAAGGAGUUUUUUCGCGGACCCCUAAAUUUGAUGGCACACAGCAGAAAAUUCUUACUGUCCUGGAUGUGGUUAACAAAGUCAAACCUCCAGGAUUAUGGUUGAAUAUCCAGCAUGACACUUUCUUCAGCCAGCACAAUCUGAGUAUGAGAAGCUUUAUUAUAUCCCUGUCCAGAAGUGUUAUUGUCAACUAUAUUUCAUCACCUGAGGUGAAUUUCCUCAAAAGUAUUGUGUCACGAUUCAAUCCACUAGUUACAAAACUCGUUUUCCGGUUUCUCGGACAGGGUGACAUUGAGCCUUCAACAAAUCAAACAUAUGGUUCUUUAUUGAAGAAUCUCACAUUUAUCAAAACCUUUGCCUCUGGAAUUCUUGUUCCCAAGACUUAUAUCUGGCCGGUGGACAACUCACUGUACUUACAGCCACAUACAUCACUUGUCUUAGAUGCUCAUAAAGAAGGUCUUCAGAUUUUUGCAUCGGAGUUCGUAAAUGAUGUACCUUUUGCUUACAAUUACAGCUAUGAUCCUGCAACUGAGUAUUUGUCCUUUAUUGACAAUGGAGACUUUUCUGUGGAUGGAGUACUGUCUGACUUCCCAAUAACUCCAUCAGCUACAAUAGAUUGCUUCACUCAUUUGGGCAAGAAUGAUAAACCUCAAGCAAAGCUUCUGAUUAUCACAUCUGAAGGAGCGAGUGGAGACUACCCAGGUUGUACUGAUUUGGCAUAUACAAAAGCUGCUAUGGAUGGUGCAGAUGUUCUUGACUGUCCUGUCCAAAUGUCAAAGGAUGGAAUACCCUUUUGCCUGGGUUCUAUUAAUUUGAUAGAUAAGACUACAGUUGCUCAAUCGCCAUUCGGCAAUAUUGGUAGUGCUGUCCCAGAGCUUAACGUAACAAAUGGAAUAUUCACCUUUAACCUUACCUGGGAUGAGAUUAAGAGCCUGAAAC